AUUGGAUGCAGAAAAAGCAACCUACAUACCGUCGCCCUCAUAUUCGCCCACUGAAAACCGCAUAUAUAUUAAUGGCGCUAUAAUGAAUCUACCGUUUUACCACGAUGAUCAAACUAUUUCCGAAAGAUAUGGGGGCUUGGGUAUACUUGUCGAUGAGAAUGGAGAUGACAGGCCUCACAGUAUAUCACAUCAUGGAUUUCUUGCUCUCUUGAAGCAAACAGAAUGUCUACGCAAACAAUACAAAAAUUACAAUUAUACGAGUGAAAAGAGUGAAACAAUUGAUGGUCUGGCUGAAAUUCUGUCAGAUAACGGUGGUCUGAGGAUAGCAUACAAGACAUUUCAAAGACUGAGGAGAAACCUCACUAAAGAUGUUGAUGAAAACACGAUCUCGUUUGUCGCUUCCGAGCAAUCGUUUUUCUUUACUUUCGCUCAGUUAUCUUGUGAGAAGUAUACUGCAAAAGGACUAAUUAAACACAUGAAUGACGCUGAUCACGUGUUAGGUCAUUACAGAGUAGUCGGCACCUUGUCAAAUAGUGAAAAUUUCGCAACAGCAUACAACUGUCCAGUGAACUCACCAAUGAAUCCAAGUGAAAAGUGUCAUGUAUGGUGAAUGAAGAAGUGUCCAUAGUUCGC